CUCCCCCUCUCUCUCUGGACCCAUAUAGAACUCUAUAAAAUCAUGGUGAAGAAGAAGAUGAUAAUGAUGAUCUUGAACAAGGACUUUACAGGCUGAGCCGUGAAAUUGAGGUCAGGAGGGAUUGCCCAUAUCUUGAUGCUGUUAAUCGCCAGUGUGUAUGCAUGUUUAGUUUGUGGGAAGUAUUACCAAGGAAGAGGGAAGAAGUCCCAUGCAUAUACUCAUAGCCUUGAAGCUGGACACCAUGUUUAUAUCAAUCUUCGAACGGAGAAAGUUUAUUGCCUUCCCGAUGGAUAUGAAAUCAGUGACCCGUCAUUGGAUGACAUUAGACAUGUCCUGAACCCGAGGUUUACUGAGGAACAAGUUGAGCAGAUUGACAAAAACAAGCAAUGGUCUAGGGCGCUUGAUGGUUCUGAUUACCUUCCUGGAAUGGUGGGGCUCAAUAACAUUAAGGAGACUGAUUUUGUCAAUGUCACAAUUCAAUCUUUAAUGAGAGUCACUCCACUAAGAAACUUUUUCCUCAUCCCUAAGAAUUAUCAACAUUGCAAGUCUCCGCUUGUUCAUCGAUUUGGGGAGCUCACGAGAAAGAUAUGGCAUGCACGGAACUUCGAAGGACAGGUGAGUCCGCAUGAGUUCCUGCAGGCAGUUAUGAAAGCCAGUAAGAAACGGUUUCGAAUAGGAGCGCAAUCUGACCCAGUUGAAUUCAUGUCAUGGCUGCUUAAUACACUGCAUGCAGAUCUUAGAACUUCAAAGAAAGAUAGCAGCAUCAUCUAUGAGUGCUUUCAGGGGGAACUGGAGGUUGUGAAGGAGAUUCCUAAGAAAAGUAUUGAGAAGAAAGAAAAUGGUGAUGACCAGAAUACAGAUAUUGUGACUGAAAAUAAUGGCAUUGUCAAGGAAACUUACAAAAUGCCUUUCUUAAUGCUUGGAUUGGAUUUGCCCCCACCACCUCUUUUCAAAGAUGUUAUGGAGAAAAACAUCAUACCCCAGGUCCCACUGUUCAACAUCUUGAAGAAAUUUGAUGGGGAGACGAUUGAGGUGGUCCGACCUCACAUAGCAAGGAUGAGGUAUCGAGUCACCCGAUUACCACAGUAUCUUAUUCUCCACAUGCGGCGAUUUACCAAGAACAACUUCUUUGUGGAAAAGAAUCCGACUUUAGUCAACUUUCCUGUGAAGAACCUUGAAUUGAAAGACUACAUCCCCUUGCCAACCCCAAAAGAGAAUGAGAGAUUGCAUUCAAAGUAUGAUUUGAUUGCCAACAUUGUUCAUGAUGGCAAACCUGGUGAAGGUUCAUACAGGGCAUUUGUACAAAGAAAGUCAGAAGAAUUAUGGUAUGAGAUGCAGGAUCUUCAUGUUUCAGAAACUCUUCCCCAGAUGGUUGCCCUUUCUGAGACUUAUAUGCAGAUAUAUGAGCAGCAGCAGUAAACUUGGGACAGUUUCAAGGGCCAUGGUUGACGGAUUAGGUGGUUUUUAAGCCUAUUCUGGGAGGCGAGUGGUUUCAUAACAAGGAAAGCAAAACGAGGGGAAACAUUUUUUGAGGUGGCAUUUGCCUGAGUUUGUGAGUUUUAUGGUUCCAUGGAUUCUGUAAGUUGUUAGUUUUGACCAAAUUUUGACAGUGAAGGAAUUGAUAUCAUAUGUUUACCAAAAGAAAAAACCCUCGGUACUGUAGAGUAGGCAGCUGUAAAGUGCUGAAGGAAUGUAGCAAACUGUUUGAUAAUGAUCUCUGUUCUAAAAA